AUGGGCAUACCAACGGGAGGCGCCGUCGAGCGCACGGUAAUCGGAGGCUCUCUGGAGAUUGCUCGCAUGGUCAGUGGCCUCUGGCAGCGAGCAGAAGGCCACAGCGAAAGAAGCGACACUGCGACAGCUGUUGAGGUGAUGGACAAUGUAGUGCACCGCGGACUAGACACAUUCGACAUGGCGGACCACUAUGGCGAUGCCGAGCUGGUUGUUGGCGAGCACAACGUCUCUCGACCGAACUCGACAAAGAUAGCGUUCACAAAGUGGUGUCCGCCUGUGACCGGCGACAAGUCGUUUGAGAAAGCUGAAGCUGCUGUCGACCUUGCACUUCGACGGAUGCGUCAGAAGAAGAUUGUUCUCAUGCAAUACCACGCCUGGGACUUUUCAGACGACACAUACCUGCACAACCUCGAUCACUUGCGAAGGCUCCAGAAGAUGGGCAAGAUUGAACACAUCGGCUUGACCAACACCGAUGCCGCACACUUGGAACUCCUUCUGAACUCCGGAUUCUCCAUCGCCACGAACCAGAUCCCCACCAACGUAAUCGAUCGACGGCUGACUCGCGGACGACUGAAUGAUAUAUGCGUCAAGCACGACGUCGGAAUCCUUGCGUACGCGACGUUGCUUGGUGGCUUUCUCAGCGAGAAGUGGCUCAGGAAGCCCGAACCUACCAGCAUGGAGGGUAUGAAUUGGAGCCUGCGCAAGUACCUCCGUUUCAUAAGAGCCGCUGGUGGCUGGGCACCUUUCCAGGCAGUUCUCGAAGCGCUUAACACAGUGGCACUCAGGCACGGUGUCGGGAUUUCCGCUGUCGCUACCCGAUACGUUCUUGAUAUACCUUCUGUCAAAGCUGUCAUUGUGGGCAAUCGCUUAGCGCCAGACUCUGAGCUUUAUGUUGAUCGAAAUCUUGAAGCUUUCCAGCUGGCCUUGACCGAGGAGGACCUCGCGUUGAUCCACCAGGCGCAGGAAGGCUUGACGGAUAUACCGAACGACUGUGGCGAUGAGUAUCGCAGGCCUCCAUUUCUGAUGGCUGCCGGAAACACGAGUGAUCAUUUCGAAGAGACUGACGACAGCAAGCGGACGCGCGAGGCCAUUGCUCGGGGAAGACGGUAG